AAUCUAUACUAUAGUUUGCCCAUCCUUUCUUCCUUCCUCUCCUAUACACGUCUGCGCCUCCGACCCCCACGUUCCUUUCCAGCCUCUCGCCCGGCCCCGCACUGAUAUUCGUCCCUUCCUAAUCCCCGGGACCUCGUAAGCAGCUUUUCUCUCAGAUACAACAACAUACACUGACACAUUCUUUCCCCAUUCAACCACUGUCCCCCAUCAUCUUUUCAUCCGACAAUGACUCUUCCUCCUAUCGGCCGUGUUGGCCUAGCAGGCGCACCCCACCAAAGCAUUGUCAAGAGGGCUGUCCAGGAGCGAGCUUCUUGUGACCUCGCGGCUGGUGACCUCUACCUCUUCCCCAACUCCAGCUCUGUCAUCGACGCCACCGACCCCGUCACCUUCAAAUGGAACACUGCAUGCGAUGUUGCCACUUCCACUGUUGAUCUCUACCUUUACGAGUCUGCCGGUCUCAUUAAAGCUUGGUCAGACAUCGACUUUUCAGCUGGUGAAUACACUGUCCAACUCCAGCCUAAAUGGUGGAACGACACCACCACUGCUUCUCUCCAGUUGAACAUCCUUGACCACGGCGCCGACUCGUGGGAUACUUCCUAUCUUGCUGGUCCUGUUUUCACCGUCGACUAUGCCGCUUCUGCCAUGUUCCAAACUACUACUUCCAAUGGUCAAGUCAUCACUUCAACCGCCGCUGCUGCCGCUACUGAGAGUAGAGACGCCGUCUUCCAGGAUGUAUCUGGCACAAACGGUGGCGACAAAAACAAUAUCUCCAAGGGAGCCAUUGCCGCCGCUGUCGUCGUUCCUAUUAUCGUCGUUGCCAUUAUAAUCGCCGUUGCUGUUCGAUUCUGGCGUAUGCGCGAAGCAGAGAAGAGGAAGCGAUGGUCUCAGGCUCUGUCCACCCACUCCAACCUUGAAUGGGAGAAAGGCGCCAUACCAGGAGAGAAGCCUCCUUCCGUCCUUGGACGACCUUCCAUGGGCGGACGUCUCUCCAUGGGUACCCGCCCCAGCAUGUCCUCUUACGGUGGUAACCCUCGUCCUACAUCCUCCGUAUACGCGGUCGAGAAUAACAUGGCUGGUGCCGGUGCUGGUAGCGCCAUGCACUUCCGUCCGGAUACGCACCCCGAGAUGUCUAGCCUUCGUUCCAAGUCUGUCGAUAACCUCUCUGCUGCUGGUCGAAGUUCUGUUGUCAUGUCUGAUGGUCAGGUCCGUCAGCCCCGUAUCUCAUUCGCCGACCAAGCCCGUCCCGACCGUGUGUCCCGUGCGUCCUUUGGCGGUGACAUUCGUCCCAACGUAUCUUCUUCCUCCCUCUUCCGUCUUCCCGGCGCUUCCAAGUCUGCCAACGACCUCGCGGUCUCUACCAAUCGAAGGUCCGCUGCCUACGCCACCGGCUCAGCUGUUGACGAUGAAGAAGAGCACAUCAGCGUCUCUCCUUCUCAGCAAGAUGGCCCUCUUGGUUUCGCCGAGGCUGAUAUGAGGCGCGUUUCGCAAGGCCAGCGAACUGGACGAAGGAGUUUGUUGUCUUUGGGCGGCGGUCGGGACAACAAGCGUCAGUCUGUCGCAUCUGCUUUGUCUGGUGAUGACUUUAGGUCUGCCGCUUCCGCUCGUGGAAGUGUUGACGAGCUUCGAGAUAUGGAGAACAUGGUCCUCCACCGACGAUCCAUGAUGUCGCAAGCUUCUCCAUCACCCAACUUUGAAGCCGCCUAUGACGCUGAUGCCGUUGAAUCCCUCCAAGACCCCGAGCCUAUGGCGAUGCCCCUUCCGUCCCCCAUUCCCGCCGGUCAAGACCCUGAUCAAGCACUCGCCAUGUACGCUGCUCAGCGCGCCAACGCCAUGUCCCCUACCAACAACAACAGCUUGCCCCCGAACCCGUCACGUUCAAACUCUGCCAUGAAAAUCCCCUUCUUUUCCAAAAAAUCCGCCUCUUCCAGCAACACUUCUGGCUUUUCUCCUGGUGCCAGCGCUAACCCUGAGCAAGGGGAAGUACCCACGAUGGGCCCUCCAGUGGAGAUGAGGAGCUAUGUUCAUUUGAACUCUGGCACAGUCAGUGCGGAUGUGGUGAAUGCCCUUCCUAAGCCUGGACCUCCUGCGACUACUAGGGCGAGUGGGGCGAGCGACGCUAGCAAGUACAGUGAGGAAGAGAGCAAGUAGAGCUUUUCCGCGCACUGUGUUGCGUUGAGUGAGAAGGUGUGGACAUGUGAAUGAGUGAGGAGGAGAGUCAACUGUAUCCACCAAUGGUAUUUUUUUCAUUUUCUUUUUUUUCGAAUGGCCUUACGAAAACCAAAAACCAAAAGCCAAAAAAAAAAAAAAUCAAAGCGAGACGGACUUUUUUACUCUGUGGAAUACUCUUUAUAACAAUACGAACCAGUCUUAUCGAUUUUUUUGUUUUCAGUACUUAUAGUUAUUACCCUUUGAAGCGUGGGUAUCAAAAAAAUAUCGCUCGUCCGCUCUUUAUGUCUUUUCUCCCUUCUCGAAUAACUACUUUUCUUCUCUCGUCGCUGGCGUUAAACCAUUUCUAUAAGUUUGAGAUCUUCUUAUCGUAAAGGGUUUGAGUAUAGUUUUUUUUUUUUUUUAGUUGAAUAAGGUAAUUUUUUCAAGCUUGCUUGGAUUGAGCAACC